GAAAACCAGCUCAGUYGGAGGUAGACACAGUCGAAUACACAUCAACGAGAUAUCCCCUAAAGGGAACUUUUUGCACAAAGAACUAGUGAGGCGAAUAUCCGAUACAAAAUGAAGAUGAAAUCAACUUCGGUGAUUUUGCUUGGGACAUGGUGCGCUGUUUUGGCGUUGACGAUCGAAGCGAAAGAGUGCCGCGAUAACACCUUACUGGAAACAGAGUGCCGAACUAUGAGGCAAUCGUUUGGAGAGCAGAUUUGUAGAACAAACUACAACUCAAUAAARAAGUUGAUGCACAAACAGUGCCGAGCAACAUGUGGACUAUGCGCUCAAAGUGGAAGGGCUUUGUCUCCACCAAUACCAUGCCAUAGGUCGAUUUAUGGGUGCUGUUGGGACCUCAUAACAGCUGCUCAAGACAUAAGAGGCAAAGGCUGUCCCCCUUGCGUUGACAGACAUAGGUCYAUCUGUMUGAUGUUUCGAUGGAUGUGUCAAAGACGUAAAGACAAUGCUGAYUACAUUAAAAUGAAUUGCCCUGUUACGUGUGGGAGAUGUGUACCAGAUCAUAAAGCUGAGCAUGCGUCAAGCAUAUUCUACUUCUAUGUAAAAUCCUUGAGAAAAUUAUACAGACAAAAGAUCAAGAAAAACAGAAGACUACGGCGUAUUUGAACUCAAACGUCUACGAACUCUUAAACAGGCCACGGUAAAUGAGUUAUGAUAUGGUGAAAAAGGCAACUGGAAAAUAACAAACCAUGCAGAAUAAAUGUAGCAACAAGAGCCUGUUAUUGUGAAUAUACAGUAUUAUUGAAACGCUUUUCACCUAAGAAGAUCACGUCUAAGAUGAACUAGAAAUCUAACGUGGUCGCCACGUUCCUACGGAAGGUUAAAUGUGACUUGGAAUAGUUUGGAACUAUACUAUAUCUUUUCUAUUAUUUUUAUUAUAUAAAUAACAGACCAUGAUAUAUACAGCAAGAAUACAAUAUCUUAAUUAUCGGGGGAAAAUCUGGCAAAAAUCAGAAAGGCAUGCCGGUCCGGUACCAUGAAACUAACUGGACAAAAUACUGAUUUGGUGAAUAGAACCAUCGUACAACUGGCCCUAUCUAGUUAGAGUUAGUUACCCACCAAAUAUGUUGGAUAUGAUCAUCGCGAAGGAUGUCGRAUUUGGUAGACUUUUUUUUCAGAAUAGAUUGUUAAUGUUAUGUUCAUGAAGCAAAKGAAUACAGCACAAAAAAUACAGUGAGCUGCAAAAUGAUUGUCAUCGAUCGGUUAAACUUGUCUUGCAAUGUCGUUGUGAAACAAUUAAACAGUUGUUGAAGAUUUGUGCAGUGUAAUAGGAGUUUUCUCCUAAUGUUUUCAUCGCAAUUAUACCCGAGGAAAGCAAAUCUAUGAGCACAUACAUGGUGCAAUCAUAGUUAAUAGAGGGGCAAUCUUUCAACAGCUCYUGCUAAACUGCGCAUUUCUCAAAAAAACCUGUGUUGUUUUACGAUAACUUGCUGAGAAAAUUGUACAGUGUACCGAACAACACCUUUAGAAACUUGCAAGUUUUUGGGACCAUAUUGGCACAAAAGGUUUGCACACCCAAGGUCGCCCCAGACCUCGGCUAGUUUCUUAUGGUCACAAUAGAUAAGUAAAUAUAUUUUAAUUAAAAAGGCGCAAAUUUAGUUUAAGUUCACAUUCUAGUAACUAUAYAGAGGAAGAAAAAAAGCCAUUUAUAUUGACGAAUAUGACAAUCAAUUAGAACGUACUGUAAGGUCUUGAAAAGAUUCUUUACAUUUUAUUUUAAAGUGUACAGCUCGAAGAACUAUUACAUAAACUUAAAAAAAGAAGCCAAUACAUGAAAGAAAACUGAAUAAUAAAUAAAUCAAAAAAAUCCUGA